AUGGGUGGCAAAUCGAAGAGGACGUCUGCACCAGCGCCUAUGGAGAUUCCACCGCAGCAGCCUCUUCCCAUUCCGCCGCAUGGACUCGGCACCUGGUUUCCAACACCACCUACGCAGUCCUCAACGUCCUCUGCACCAUGGUGGCAUGCCGGACAUCAGCAACUAGGCUUGGCGGGUUCCAUGCCUCAAGGCUCGUCGUGGAUGCUGCCUCCCUCCGUAUCUUCUCAGCCUAUGGCUGAGAACGAUGAUGAAUCUGAAGUGCAGUCAUGGGGACCAAAUCUUUACCCUCCUGGUGGUUUCAUGAGUUUUAUGAAUAGCACAGCAAGCCCUAGAGGCUUAGUUAGUGCUUGGUUAAAAAGUUCAAAUGAUCCUAUCCAGUCCAACUACAAGAAAAAUGAUCAAUAUUGGAAAAGUGUUGCUGAUAUCUACAAGAGCACCACCCCAAAAGACCGAGCAAGGCAAGUCAAGCAAAUUAAAGAUCACUUUCUAAGAAUUAAGAAAAGGGUUCAAUGGUUUUGUGGUAGCCGGAAAGAGGCCAACACUCUAUGGGCUAGUGGUGAAUCGGAUGCAGAUAUUGAGGCUAAGGCAAUGAAAUCUUAUGAAGAAGAGCACAAAAAAGAUGGCCCAUUUACGUUUAAGCAUUGCUGGGAGGUUCUUCGAAAGGAACCAAAAUGGGAAGCCUAUUUGGAACGCCUAGAAGACCUCGAGCCGGACAAAAGAAAGUUCUAUGAAGAGGAUGAUGUGGGGAAAUGUUUCUCUCUAGAUGAUGAUGCUGAUGAGCGGCCAAUAGGAGGCAAGCAAGCUAAGGAGCAGCGCAAGAAGAAGAAAAAGGGCCAGCCGUGUAUAAUAGAUCUUGAAGAUGAGCUUAACAACUUUUUGGAUGCUCAGAAUACAUCAAAUGAAGGGCGCAAAGAGAUGUUAGAGACGCAAAGACGUGUGUCUAGUGAGAAUCUUGAAGCUCGGAAGCUUGCGCACCUUGCAGCAAAAGAGCACAAGGAGUCAGUCAUGCUAGAAACGUAUCGAGCGCUAUUGAUGAAAGAGACAACAAGUAUGCCUGAAGACGUGAGAUCUGAGCAUGUGUUGGCACUGAAGUGUUUGAGGGAGAAGCUAUUUAACAAAAAUGACUAA